AUGGUAUCAGAGCUAGGGCGCGUGACGAUUUUAUUUUUACAUUGUCCCGCCCACGGGCGAGUGACUCCUUCCCUGCCCGUCGCGCGCCCCGUGGCACGCGACGGUGCCCUUCGUCUGCCCAUCGUGCGCCCCGUGGCACACGAUGGUGCCCUGCUCGUCGUGCGCCCCGAGGCACACGAUCGGGCCCUUCUAUUCCACCCGUCGUGCGCCCCGUGGCACUGGCCCGCGACGGGCCUUUCCGCCCCUGCACUCCCUGAAGCCGCCCCUGACACUACUGCACCGACACCUUUUCACCGCUCUGCGGCUUUCUUCCUUCCCACCCCCCUCCUCCUUUGUCUCCCUGCAGCCGCGGGGAGGAGGGUAUGGGGGUGGAGGGUGUUGGAGUGUGGCGUCACCUCUCUCCCUUCCCCUCCUCCUUCUUUCAGUCCCACCGCUGCAGCUGCCGCUGGGGGGAGAAGGUGUGAGGAUGUGGGGGAGCAGGGGGAGUGGUAA